AGCCUGCGGGUAGAAGCCGAGUAAGGGCGCGCUCCCGAGGCAAACUUCAACAACCGUGCGCGAGCCCGAGUGGCUGCUCGUUGCUACUAUUAGCGCCUGGCGUUUCGGCUCUGCCUCACGAGAAUUUGCGAAUGUGUUCCCCUGCUGCUAACCAAGGAAAGACGGACUACACCGAGCCACUGUCAAGCUCCUCUCUGCGUAUCCGCCGUUUUACCCGCGCUGAAGUCAAGGACAUUUCUUUCGAGGGUCGCAGCGGGUACUGGAGCCUAUCCCAGAUGUCUUCGAGCAGCAGGGGGUGACAAGCUUAACCGGUCGCCAGCCAAACGCAGGGCACACAUAGACGAACAACCAUCCGCUCUCGCACUCAUACCUAGAGACCAUUUAGAGUGUUCCAUUAACCUGCCACUCAUGUUUUUUAAUGUGGGAAGAAACCGCAGUUCCCGGAGAAAACACAUACAGGCACGGGUAUCGAAUACUGCACCUCUGCACUGUGAGGCUGGCGCACCAAUAUAUGAAUCUUGUGGAUAUACUAGCUCCCUACAUUUCAAGAGAAGACGAAAGCCUUAUUUGCAAAUCUUAUGGACGAAGAAAUGAGUCGCCAGACUGCCACCGCGCUGCCCACAGGAACAUCCAAGUGCCCUGCCUCCCAGCGCGUGCCCACCCUGUCAGGGACCACCGCCUCCAACAGUGACCUGGCCAGCCUGUUUGAGUGCCCGGUGUGCUUCGACUAUGUCCUGCCCCCCAUCCUUCAGUGCCAGUCGGGUCACCUGGUAUGCUCCAAUUGUCGGCCCAAGCUCACCUGCUGCCCCACAUGUCGGGGGCCGCUGGGCUCCAUCAGGAACCUGGCUAUGGAGAAGGUGGCCAAUUCGGUGCUCUUCCCGUGCAAAUACGCCUCGUCGGGCUGCGAAGUCACACUGCCGCACACCGACAAGACGGAGCACGAGGAGCUGUGCGAGUUCCGGCCGUACUCGUGCCCGUGUCCCGGCGCCUCCUGCAAGUGGCAGGGCUCCCUGGAUGCCGUCAUGCCUCACUUGAUGCACCAGCACAAGUCCAUCACCACACUGCAGGGGGAGGACAUCGUGUUUUUGGCCACGGACAUCAACCUGCCCGGCGCAGUGGACUGGGUGAUGAUGCAGUCGUGUUUCGGCUUCCACUUCAUGCUGGUGCUGGAGAAGCAGGAGAAAUACGACGGCCACCAACAGUUCUUUGCCAUCGUGCAGCUCAUUGGGACUCGCAAGCAAGCGGAGAACUUUGCGUAUCGGCUGGAGCUCAACGGCCACCGGCGCCGCCUGACCUGGGAGGCCACGCCGCGCUCCAUCCACGAGGGCAUCGCCACCGCCAUCAUGAACAGCGACUGUCUGGUUUUCGACACGUCCAUCGCGCAGCUCUUUGCCGAGAACGGCAACCUAGGCAUCAACGUGACCAUCUCCAUGUGCUAAGAACUCACUGAUAUAAGCCAAAGGGGAUGGGGGGGAGGGGUCUGGUGACUGGGGUGUCGGUUGGUCAACCACUCGGCAGGCAUUUGGAUAGGGUCGAAACAGCUCGGCUCGGUCUCCGUCGGACUAUUUGAAGACACUAUGGAUGUGGUAUCGGACUGUCUUGUCGGGCAGCCGUGAGGAACUGAGGCGGGUGGAUGAACAUGAGCAGAGGAGGGUGUGGAGGUGACCGCAGCCUUAUAAACACGCAAAACAAACAUACGUGUGAGAUUCACACUCGCAUUCUCACCCGGUUACUCGUCUAGGCGUUAUCUGUCAGUGUCUUCGCCAUUCUUGUUUCAGUGUCCGCUCGUCCAGUUGCUCACCUCCACCACACAUGCACACACAUUACCUGAUAUCACACAGACCCCAUGAUCCACGCUAGGCAGUUGACAAGCCAUCUAGCGUCAUGUGAACAGACCCCCCCCCCCCCCCCCCCCCCCCCCCCCCCCCCCAUCUUCCGACUGACAGCUGUGGUUUUGCAGCUGCCUGUGUAGCCCCGGACAACACAGCCAAAUCUGUCGUCAACGGCUGUGCCACCAAGUUAUGUAGCUCCGGGAAUUUGGGACAUCCUACAGUCCCCCCCGCCACCGCCAGCACGGACGACUGUGCAACGGACACAUGUUUCAUCACAUAAGUUGAUUGUUUUUUAUUGAUGUUUCAACAAGCUCCUUUCACAGCCUUGUGAAGACUCGGAUGGAUUUUUUUCCACACCCCCAAAAAUGACUGUGGAUGACCGUGCGUGUGUGCGACCGAGGGGGGAAAAGAAAAAAAGAUCAGUCUUGUUUGUUUUGAAGAAUAGCAAGGGGGGGGGGGGGUGAAUUAACAGCAAUUCAGUUCAGUCAAAUGUUCUUUGGGGGAUUUCUUCAAUAUAUUGAGAGAGGUGAACCAAUUGGCCAGCGUAUCUGCACCAUCUCUCUUCCUCAGUGACCAGGAUGCUACUGAUAUUACAUGGCGAUGAUCCUUAUUGUUUGUCCAAUUGCUUCCCAAAAACAACAGGUGGUUGUCAAACUUGUGGCAAGGCGCGGUGUCUUUGUAGAUUCAAACAAGUCUUCUUUCCUCCUCCUGGUCGGAUUGUUUUUCUUUCUCCUGUCAUGUUUGUCCGUAUGUCCUCUUGUGGUAAGUCGUCUUUCCUCUUUUUUUGUUUGUUAAUAAACGUGAGCAUUUUCUUCAUGUGGAGUUGCCGUCAUCUUGCUGCUCUCCCUCAACUGGACCCCCCUUUACCUUUUCUGUUUUAACAUGUCAUGAAAUAAAUUUAUCUUUUUCAUA